UCACAUUCCAAUUGCUAGUUAACAAUGACAGAAAUGGCUUUAAUUGUAAUUUGUUUGCGGUCUUUUUACGUGUUAUUCAGGUUCUGUUCAUUAUGUAGUUGGACUAUGUAUACAAAUAUUUAUAUAUAUAUAUAUAAUGUCUAAAUGAAAUAAGAUAUUUUUGAAUCCUUAAAUAUCAGAAAAUAAACAAGUCGAGUUGCGAAAUAACUUUUAAUCCUGAUUUAAUGGUAAAUUAUAAUAAAGAUGUUACUUGUGCUUCCACUCAACUACUUGUAUUCUCCUUGUAUCUAAGUAUUUUACAGUGAGGUAUCAACUUAUCAAAUACUUUUUCCACCACUGCCUUCAUAGCAAAGCUCCCAAUUAAUUUAUAUUUUUCUCUUUAUUUGUAUGUAUUUACAAGACACUCCGUUUUUCACCUAGAUGCAUUCAUGUGAAAAUAAUAGUGAAGAAAUGAGUUUAUGGGGAAUAAAAUAUUCUAGUUCGGGCUAUAUCCGCGUGUGUGUGUGUGUGUGUGUGUUGGCCGCUGUGUGUCGCUUCGGAUCCACUCGUGUUCUUCCGGUAGUCUCCGGUUCAUCCUUUUCGAGAGACUUCAUGAAAAAAGACAAAUGGCCGAGCGGCCGUAGUCUCUUUUCUCCCGACUCGUUCUCUCGGUUCUUGGGACGCAGCCGCUGCGUUUCGCCGCUUCGGGGCCCCGGAAUAACCGUGCGCGCGGCUCGUCCCCAGGCUCGUACCGGGCUCGGCUGCGCUCGGACCGCGGCUGCUCGGUGGCGUUCGGCUCUUGUCGUUUCGGCGGGCGGUGGAAUGGACGAGGCGGACUCGGCCACGAAGGCGCUCGGGCUGGAUGAACCGCCCAUCGACACGCCGCCCGUUCAGGAAGUGGGCUCGGAUACCGAAUCGGAGGCCGAAGUCACCACGAUGGCCGUGAUGGCGGAUCCGGAAAACCUCGACAUGGGAGCCGAGUCCCUGCCGAACUCAGACGAGGCCGAGGCGGCGUACGCAGAGGUGACCGCUGUGACGGUGGCGGACGUUCAAGCUGGAGAGGACAACGUGUUUACCACGACGGUCGCAACCUCAGGAAGCCUCCCUGAACACGUGCUGAGUGGCAGAACAACCCUCCAGCUGGGGGAUGGUCUCGGCACCCAGAAGGCCACCUUGAUCGUGGUUCACACCGACGGCAGCAUCGUGGAGGCCACCGGCCUCAAGUCCGCUGCAUCGAUGGCAUCAGGGCCGCAGACCCCGCCCACCCCGCUGACUCCGCCCCAGGACAAGGACUCGUGCUCCAAGUACAACUGGGACCCGUCGGUCUACAACAGCGAGCUGCCGGUCCGCUGCAGGAACACCAGCGGAGUCCUCUACAAGUCCCGGCUGGGAUCAGGGGGCAAAGGUCGCUGCAUCAGACACAACCAGCAGUGGUUUAGUCCCACCGAGUUCGAGGGUCUGGCAGGAAGAGCGAGCAGCAAAGACUGGAAGAGGAGCAUCAGAUACGCUGGGAGGCCUCUGCUCUGCCUCAUCCAGGAGCGGAUCCUGAACCCGCAUGCUGCUUCCUGCACCUGUGCAGCCUGCUGUGACGACCUGACCGGGUGUCCAAAGGACGGAGAGGCUGUGGAAGCAGAAAACAUCAGCAUGACGGGUCCGGUCCGUCUCUUCGUCCCCUACAAGAGACGGAAGAAGGACAACGAGCCGCUGGUCGCCUCCCCGAAGAAGGAGCCCCCCGCCGCUAAAAACAUCACGCUGACGCCGGGGACCACGUGUACGUCAGGUGACCUCGGCCCGACCUCUGAUUGGUGGAGGGAAAAGAUAGUUUGUGGUUCAGGAGCAGCAGGUUUAGUCACGGUGUCCCCGUCGGGACAGUUCACCACCUCGGGCACCUUGACCUUCGAGCGUACGCCGCCGGGGGACGCCGCCAUCAUCUCGGAGGGGUCGCCACAGAGCGAGGUGUUCGCCAGCACAGCAGUGCUGACGGCGCUGCCGGCGCUGGCCGUGACCCCUCAGCCGCUUCAGGCCAAGAUGGCGGUGACGGUGGCGGCGUCUCCGUCGGCCGCGCUGGUGAGCAGUCUGGAGGCGGAGCCUCUGGGGGGGGCGGGGCCGGUGCUCAUCGAGGGCCAGAGGAACGCCUGGCUGCACCUGGAGGAGAUGGCCAACACGCUGAUGAGCAACGUCCAGCAGCUGAAGGUUCUAAUCGAACAGGCCAAAAACUCUGCCGGGGUCAAAGGUCAGGGAGGCAGAAAGGAGUUGUUUCAGAACCAGAUCACGUUCCAGCAGCCGGACGAAUCGGAGGUCAAGAGGAGCUCUGACAUCACAGAGAUCAUCAUCAACAUGUGCGUGAACUGCGGCCGCGUGGCGAUGAGCGAGUGCACGGGGUGUCACAAGGUCAACUACUGCUCCCCCUUCUGCCAGAGGAAGGACUGGAAGGAGCAUCAGCACACCUGCUGUCAAUCAGCCGGGGGCGUGUCCGUCCAGGAGGAGGAGCCAAUCACAGCCAUGGACAUGGACAAAGUGAAAUGAAAGACAGGAAGUCCUUGUAGGGUCUGAAGAGGAGCGGGUCUGUUCUAAAGACGUACGACCUCCUCACAGGAGCUUUUAUUGUGAAGGUUUGUCCUCCGCAGGGGACAGGAGACGGAGGACCCAGCUUUAGUUUCAUAAAGACUGCUGACACCAAACUUUAUUUCGGAUUAUCAAUGAAUCUGUUGACACUCUAUUUAAAAAAGAUUUUGUUUUUUUAUAUUUAUGUUUUUUACUGCCAUUUUUACUCAUUUGAAUCAUUUGAAAAUAAAGGGCAACAGUAUUAUAUUACAAAUACUGUGAUGUAUACUUCCCCCCUGGCUGAUACUUAGGACGAGUCCUCUGUUGAGAUGGUAUUUAAUGGUCAGAUUGGACUUGGAACACAGUGUUUUACCUGAAACCAGAACGGUCGAAUGGCGUCCUGUGAUUGGACGGAUUACAGGAGGGAAACCUAGAUUUAUUCUAUUUAAUCUAGACUCACCUUUGUAGUUAUUAUAGAACACUUAUAUGAUUUUUUUUUUUAUCAUUAGUUUUUUAAAUUAUUUUUUUACUCUAAAUUGU